UUCAAUAUGGCCGAUCACUCACAAGACCCGUCCGGUGUGAUUUCAGAGAAUGUUAAGCGCAAAAGGGAACGAAGCAAACGUUUUACAGAAAGAGUUAAUGCCAACAUCUGGGAGGCAGGAAAAUUAUCUCAGCAUAUGGUAAAAUCAUCUGGAUCGCCUGAAAUAAUGUCACAAACCACAAAACGACUGGUCCAAUCAGAAAAUGCAAUGAAAUCUACUCACGAGAAUAUCAAGAAAAUGCAGAGGCUUAUUGAUCAAAUGAAUACGCAGUACAACGAGAUUUAUCAACAUUUGGAUUUGUUAGCGAAAAUUGAUCAUCAGAUGCAUUGCACGGCAACGAAAUGACGGAGUGUAAGUCGACCUGUAAGAAAAAUCGAUACUGAAAUUAAAACAGCAUAUAUGUUUGGUAAAGAAACGUUUUUAGUGAAGAUGCUCACUAUAUCACUAUAAUUAGCCACUUUCUUUCAUUUUGUUUCCUGUUAAAAAUAAUAAUCAUGUUUUUUUAAUUUUUGGAUUGCAACGAACCUCCACGGAAAUAUCAAACAACGUGGCUCGCCCACGACAACUGGUGCCCACAAUAGCACUGACAUAAUAUUCUUUUGUAUUUGACCACCAACAUGGCGGUCGUGACAUAACAGGCAAACCACCUAUCCUUGACUUCUUCAUGAGCAAGGCAAGGCUACAUUUCUACGAUGCUUUGCUUUCAUGAACAUAAGCGAUCCAAUACGAGCGGUUUCGUAGAAAACAACAUAAGUGUAUUUUAUUUAGUCCUAUAUUUUGUCAGUUAUUGUGCAAAAUAACUCAUAUGUCGUCCAGUUGUUCAUUGCUGCCAUCAACGAGAAGCUCCUCGAUGCCCUCCUCACACAUUUCCUCUUCUGUUAAUUGCAUAUCGAAAGGAUCAUAUACUUCCUUUCAAACACGGGCUGUACUUAGUCGGCUGAGAACAUCGAGAAGAUUUUGACAUGGUCCAUGUUUCUGCACAUAAUUUCUUUAUCUUCUGAUUCAUCCAAGGGCUAGAACAGAGCAAAAACUUUAAAUGAUUUGGUAAUUAGCUUUUUGGGUAGCAUGCACCAAGACUGAAGCACCCAUUCGUGAGUAGAAAUAUGCAGACAGAAGAAUGCAAUGAACCGUCAAACACAAACACAGCAACUUGACACAAGUGGAAGGGUAAAGUGGAACAAAAGCAAAUAGAAAAGAAAAUCUCUUUUAUUUUGUUUCGUCCAUACGAAUAGCGAAGGGAAAAUAUUUUAUCAAAAAGCACAAGCUUAAUCUAUUUUUAGCCUUAAGUCUAUCAUUGAAUGCCUGAUAUCUUAAAUCAAAAAAGAGUGUCGUGAAAAAGAUAAAUUAUCGUAUUGCAAGAUGUCAAGCUUUCCUAAAUUCUUUGUAAGCAGUUCAAGUUCGUUCAAAACACUUUAUUGUUCAAGUUGAUCCAUUCCUUUCAGUGCCUCAAAAUCACCAAGGAUCAUCUCCUUAUAAAUUGUGUUGUGCGUCAUGUGGAUUGUUUUUGUGCUAUACUGGACUAGACGCAACACUGAUUGUAAGGCACAAUUUGAAUAACUAUUUAGACCGUUAAAUCUAUUGAAUUUAAUGGCAUUCGGUUCACGUAUGAAAGGAGUCUGAGUUGCGCACUAAAUUGGUCUUACUGUGUGCAAGUUGGUGCGAGUACGUCAUGACUGCCAAGUUGGACGAUUUUGACAAAGACUUUCCUCUCGUACUAUGCAAAUGUCAUCCAAUACGGCGAAUAUUUUAUUGUUGUUUAAUUCCCAAGUGAGUGGUUGCACGCCAUCUAUAAUAUGGCUAAAUCAAAAGAACUGCAGUUUUCAAGAUAUCUCUUAUGCCAUGAACUUGUAUGUUAGGUUAUUUCAAAAUUAAAGCCUAUAAAAGUAGCGUUGAAUUCAGGUUUAUGAAUUAAUAGAACAACAGCAAGUACAAUGGCUGAAAGAGUAAGAAAUAGAUGUACGAAAGAAGAAAGGAAAAAGUUGAAUGGCGCUUUCAACUUUACUUGAAAACGAUAAUUUGGGAGAUGAAGCAGUUGUGAGCAAGCUGAAAUAUUUACCGAUGCUUACGAGAGACGGCAUGUUGGACGACUAUUAUGUCAAGUUUGAAAGUGAUUCUCAACGAAACUCCACUUUACACUGCAAGCUAUCAAUGCAGGGUUACAACAACGUCCACCAAGAAAGCUAUUUGUCAGUGCGUAAACCGCACCAUAUUUAAGCAUAUAAAAGGCAUGCUGUUUAUGUUGAAUCGACCAGUUCUUGUAAAACACCGUCAUGACUGUAUAAAGUGUUCUCAAAGAACAGUUAAAAUUUGCUCCACAUGGACAGUAUUUAGAGAAGAAUAUGAAUAUAAUAUUUGAACAUCGAGAAGCCAUGGCCGAGUACAGGGGAUAAAUACUACCGUAAAAUAUGCUGUCAAAAAGAAGAAAUGUAAUCGUUUGUGUACUUCACCAUGUCUACCCAAAUAUUCACGGCAUUGCUAUGCCAAAAUGGUUAACGUCUAUUUGAAGAAUGGCUUUGUAAGAAAGUCGAAAAUUUACAGUUUCUAUCUGCGUCUAGUUUUGAGUGAUAGAUUGUAUUCUCAACACGUAUUGUACAGCUGAUGAAACAAAUCUGUACCGGCUAACCUUGGUGAAAUAUUGCACAGAGAACAAAAUUGUGCAGACAUACUUUCUUUGACGUCUCACGUAAGGAUAGACCCCAUGGUUAGAAACUAUAUUAAUGUAUUGCUGUCGUGUGAACAGACAAACACUAAAUGAUGAUGUCCUACAGCGAAAUGCUUUUCGAUGUAUUUCUAGAGUUGUUCUGAAAAUGUCAAUGGUUUGAAAGUCGAUGCUACAAAUGUGUGGUUUGUUUUCUUGAUUGUCACUUUACGAAAUAAUUUUUUUUAUCAUACUUCAAGCAUCUAUUACCGUAAAUGGACUAAAUUUUCCAUCUGUUUCCAACGCACUCACUGAUCGACGGCAGCCGCAAAAACAAAUCUGCAUUGCUUAACCGUAAGAAAACGUGCUGCUUUUGAAAGACAUACUUGCUUCCAUCUUUUUCAAAAGACGACAUAAGUAACUAUAAAUGUAUUGCUAAUGUAUUACCAAACUAAGAUUAAUAUAAAUGUAUAUAUUUGUA